AUGCUCAUUGCACGGGCUAUUCAUUCUCGAGGCUGCCUGCCUUCUGCUACUCGCCUCCUCGCCCCCCGCAGGGCUGCAUCACACAGCGCUCACCACGCACCAGAAACUUCUGAGUUCACCACCAAGGAAGGCUUCGGGGGCGCAUUCUGGCGGAACACCCUCAUCCUUUCAUUUCUCGGCGUCGCGUGCUACAAAUACGCACCCGAAGCCAACGACAAUGCAUACCUCACCCGCUGGAUGGCCUUCUACUCCGUGCCUCGCGACGUCUGGUUGAAUCUGAACGUCAAACACACCGUCUUGCAGCAAGAAUCCUCGGACCAGAGCAUCCUAUUUGCUGAUGCCCAGGUGUCCAAGGUGCACCGCUACAGAUCACCGCAAUUGCUGGACCAAGCAUCGCCGUUUCUCCUUCCUGUCGGUAUGACUGUAGACAUGUCGGAUGUUGUUGCGAAGCGGGACUAG